CUCAGCCUCUGUCUGUCUCCUCUUCACCUCCUCUCCUUUACUCCACCGAUCGUGACUCAUGAACGUCUCGCUCGCUCCGUUGUUUCCAGAACACUGAGGAUGGAGACGUCCGUGAAAGCGGCAAAGGUGCUGGCGACGCCCCCGCCUGACGUGGCCUCCUCCUCCUCCUCCCCGGACGAAGAGCCGGUGGCUGCAGCAGGCGGCUCCUCCUCCAACGUCCUUGACCCCAUGCUGGAGUUCAGCAGGCGGCUGGAGGACAUCGUCAGCGCGCACGCCGCCGCCGCCAGCGUCCUGGACACACAGGUGGGUCAGAGUGCGGCGGAGGCGGACAAGACGGAGGAGGGGGCGGCCGCUGACAUCACAGUUACCAUGGAGACAGACGUCUCUCUCACCAUGCAGAGUCUGAACAACCUGUCGUCUCCACAGGAGAAACUGGAAAGUCUGGCCAGGAAAUUCGCUGAGAUGGCAGCCUGGCGGCGCUGCGAUGGGAAGAAGCUGUGUGUCCUGCAGCAGAAGUUGUCGUCCCUGCAGGAGGAGAAGCAGCAGCUGCAGGCCGAGCGUCGCAGCAGCGUCGCAGCUCGCGGGGAACUGGAGGCUCUGUGCAGAGACAUGCAGUCGCACUACAACACACUGAGGGAGGACACUCUUCAGCGCUGCAGGGAGGAUGAGGAGAAGAGGAGCGAGAUCACCUCCCACUUCCAGAAGAUGCUGACGGACAUCCAGGCGCAGAUCGAGCAGCACAGCACCCGCAACGACAAGCUGUGCCACGAGAACGCCAACCUGAGCGACAAGCUGGAGGGCCUCAUGAGCCAGUGCGAGCUGAGGGAGGAGAGUCUGGAGAAGCUCAGCCGCCACCGGGAGCUGCAGCACAAACUGACCGAGGCCAAACUGGAGGAGUCCAACGCUCUGCUGGCGCAGGCCCAGGAGAAGCACCACAGAGAGAAGGAAUAUUUGCUUAGGGAGGCUAUUGACAAAACAAAGAAAUGCUUCGCUAUGAAGGAGCAGGAGCUGUCCAUGAAGAAGAAGCUGACCCUCUACGCCCAGAAGUUUGACGAGUUCCAGGCGACGCUGGCCAAAAGCAACGAAAUCUACGUCCGCUUCAAAAAGGAGAUGGAUAAUAUGUCCGACAAGAUGAAGAAAAUGGAGAAAGAGUCAAAUCUGUGGAAGACGAGGUUUGAGAACUGCAACAAGGCUCUGACUGACAUGAUCGAAGAGAGGAAGGAGAAAGGCAAAGAUUACGACCUGUUCGUCCUGAAGAUCCAGAAGCUGGAGAAGCUGUGUCGUGUCCUGCAGGAGGAGAGGAAAAUCCUCUACGAAAAAAUCAAAGAAGUCCGCAAAUCUAACUCGGCGCUCCCAGCGAAGGUCUUCGGCAGCUCUAACCUCCGUGACACUGCCGGCUCAGAGGGCGCUGACGAACCUUCCGUCCUGACUCCAGGGGAGAUCCAGGAGCUCCAGGAGGAUGACCCGGUCCUGACAGAGGACAUGGCCCGUCUGAGGGAGCAGCAGACCAAGCUGCAGGAGUUUGCCGCCUCCCUGUUGGACGCACCUGCCGACACUGACAAAGACGACAGUGGUGAUGUAGAUCUUGAAGAAGACAUGAUGGCUUCUGUGUUUGUCCAUUUCAAAACCAAGACGCAGGUGAAAGAGGAGCCGGUUUCAGUCCCUGAGCCGGCCGUAGAUGUUUCAUCGGAGGCGACAGAUGCUGAUCUCCCACCAAAGGAUAAAGUGGAGACGGUUGUAAAGUCUGAUGUGUCAACACCAGGACAAGUCGAGGUCCAAGAGACACAACAAGUUAAACCAGACGAGGAAAUCCAGCAGCAGCCUCCUGCUGAAGAGGAACCAACACCGGAGGCUGAGAGGGUCGAGACUGACCCCCCAACAGAAGCUAAACCAGAGGCAGCGGAGACGGAAAUGUUUGAGAAGCCUUGUGAGGUCAAACCCUUGGUCCCAGAGGACGACAAGAAGCUCCAGCAGCAGCCGGCUGGACCAGUGCAGGUACCAGAGGAGGCUGCAACAACCUCAGAGUCAGCUGCCCCCUCCGAAAACACACCUGCCCCCUCCGAAAACACACCUGCCCCCUCCGAAAACACACCUGCCCCCUCCAACGGCAACUCCUCCAAGACCCAGGCACCAAAGAAGAAGAAGAAGAGGGCCGGCAAGAACUCCAGCUAAAGUCCAGGCUAUGCAGAAGGUGUGUGUGUGUGUGUGUGUGUGUGUGUGUGUUUCUGGGAAUAGUGUGCGUGAAUUGAAAUCACAUCGUGCCUUUGCACCUUUUGUAAAAGAUUAAAAUCUUCAGUUUGUCCAAA